AUGCUGGCAGCCGUUGGUGGAAAAACGUCGCCGGUGACGAUGGCAAUGUAUAAGCAGUUUGGGGAUGCAUUCCGUCAUGAACCCCGGACGAAAUCAACGAUGAUUGCACAGCUCGCUGUUGUGCGCUCAUGUGCUGAUCCUAAUGAUAUCGAGGCAUAUUUCCGUGAGGCACAGAAAUUCCGACUGAAUGGCGUCGACAAACCGUUCUGGUGGGACUAUGCACUAGCAGACCCCUCCCGGUUUCUUACACUGGAAUCACUCCAUCAUCUUCAUAAAGAAUUCUUUGACCAUGACGCCCAAUGGCUCAUUUGCGCUGUUGGAGAUUCUGAAAUAGACUUCCGAUUCUCAGUGUUACAGCCCAUCACCGGUUAUCGACACUUUUACGGUGGCAUCUCCAAACUAAAACAAGUCACUGGUCGCUGUGAACGAGAAAUUCAAUGUUAUAUCAUCGCUAUCAGUGCGGAUGCAGCACCUCCUCGUGUCAUCGCUGCUGUACGUGCACUUAUGCAGUUCCGGUAUCUCAUACAGUCGCCACGUAUUGACGAGGAAGAUCUUGGGCGCAUCUCAGGUGCUCUAACUGAGUUCCACACGAACAAGGAUGCAAUCCUUGCUGCUGGGGCUCGUCGGGGGAAGGGCAAUAGACACAUCGACAACUUUUAUAUCCCCAAGCUGGAGCUAAUGCAGAGUAUCAUUCCCAGCAUUCGCAACUCUGGCAGAUCAAAGAUCCCGCCAGAUCAAGCAAUAACAACAAUUACGACACACAAAUUUGUUGACACCUCGACCAGGGGUGAGGAAGAGGGGUUGGACUUGGAUACUGAAGAUAGCGAUAUUGAAGCUGAUGUUGAGACAGAAGAUGUUCCUAUCGACCCGACUCAACACCCACGCCAAACUACAAAUUAUUUUGCGAUUGCAAAGGCGCUUCAGCACCGAGAAGUGGGUUCUGUGCCUGUACCACCUCGCUCCUUUGUCAACAAACGCACUGCCUUUCAUCUUGGAUAUGACCCCUCCAUUCGGAGCAUCACCAUUGAUGAAGUCGCGAUUAAAUUUGGCUUACCAGAUCUACGACCAGCCAUAGCUGAUUUCCUUCAACGUGAGGCGACUUAUGGACACCAGCAUGUUCAUUCAAUAAGCGGCCCUAGAAGGGCUGGAUCUACUGCUGUCUCCCAUUUGACAAAGUACAAGUCUGCUCAGACGCUAAAUUCUGUACCACCAAACAACCCGUGGAUUCUAGGCCGUUAUGAUACAGUCAUUGUUGAGACCAGUGCAGGCUACCCAUGGCCUAGUAGUCGUCUUUCGGGUCAUACAAUCGCGCAGAUAAGACUCAUUAUGCGACCCAUUGGCAAGAGUGGUGUACAAUGGUCCUGGAAGGAUCAGUUCCUCACAUAUGUCCAACAUUUUGAUCUUUCAAAUGAUCGUGAUCCAGCCACACGGCUUUACGCCCUGAAGCGAGCGAAGCGCUUGAAUGGAAACCGGAUGGGCGACAUCAUUCCGGUAUCUCAAUUGAGGGCUCCUGUUCAACUGGUCCCUCGCUUUGGCGCUACUGCUGACAAGCGUCUCUCGGCCUAUAACAGUUUAGAGCAUGCUGCUGAGUUUUGGCUGAAUGAAUUUUGGGAUAAAAGCACCUUCUUUGCGCUAUCAGCCUGA